AUGACGGUAACGUAUACGGCACGUGUGGCGAACGCUCGCUUCUGUGGCUUCUCCAAGCUGCUUCUGGCUUGGAAGGGGAGCAUCUAUAAAGUUCUCUACAAGGAGUUUCUCGCUUUUUUUGCCAUGUACACCACCAUCAGCAUUACGUACAGAUUUAUUCUUGCAGACGAGCAGAAGAGACACUUUGAAAAGCUUUCAAUUUACUGCAACCAUUACUCCAGCCUCAUCCCAAUGUCAUUCGUCUUGGGUUUCUAUGUGACCGUGAUUGUGAACCGCUUGAACCGCUGGUGGUCCAUCCCACUGCCGGAUCGGGUGAUGUGUGUGCUCUCGGGCGGCGUCCAGGGCGGAGACGAACACGGAAGGCUGCUGCGGCGUACGCUCAUGCGCUACACCAGUCUGUCUGCUCUGCUUAUCCUGCGCUCCGUCAGCACUGCCGUCUUCAAGCGCUUUCCCACCGUGGAUCACGUAGUGGAGGCGGGAUUUAUGACACGGGAGGAGAGGAAGAAGUUUGAGAGUCUGCGCUCUCCCUAUAAUAAAUACUGGAUCCCUUGUGUGUGGUUUAUUAAUCUGGCUGCCGUGGCUCGAUCUGAAGGCAGAAUCAAAGACAAUAACACGUACAAACUGCUGAUGGAGGAGCUGAAUCAGUUUAGAGAGAAAUGCAGUAUGCUCUUCCACUAUGACAUGAUCAGCGUGCCUCUUGUUUACACACAGGUGGUGACAUUAGCGGUUUACAGCUUUUUCCUGGUGUGUCUGAUUGGGCGUCAGUUUCUGGACACGAGUCAGGGCUACCCGGGUCACGACCUGGACCUCUACGUCCCCAUCUUCACCCUGCUUCAGUUCUUCUUCUAUGCUGGCUGGCUGAAGGUUGCAGAAGAGCUGAUCAACCCGUUUGGUGAGGAUGAUGAUGAUUUCGAAACCAACUGGCUCAUAGACAGGAACUUCCAGGUAUCGAUGAUGGCCGUAGAUGAAAUGUACGGUGAUCUGCCCAAAAUGGAGAGGGAUCGCUACUGGAACGACUCAAACCCUCGGCCACCUUACACCGCCGCCACGCUGUUUGUCCUCCGCAAGCCAUCCUUCCAGGGCUCCACCUUUGACAUGGCAAUUCCUAAGGAAGAGAUGCACUUCCAGCCUCUGGAAGAAAUCAAUGAAAACAUGGAAGAAUCCACCACUCGCAAUCAAAACCUCGCUCUGUUCAGCCGGCUCCUUGGAUCUACCCCUUCUCCCUCCAACAUCGUGGACGGAGCUUUCAGCAGAACCUCUUCUCAGCUACAGCGGUUGAUGCACUCGGUCAACCCUGACUUCUCCUACUCUGACGGGGAGGAGGGGGAGGGGGGGAAUUACGUUGGAAGGAACAAAGGUGCAGGAGGAUCUUUGCCGUCAGGUUUAGGACACGACACCCAGAGCACCAUUUGCAGCUGUGGAGGAAUCUCCAACACACAUCCUUCAAGCCAAGUGAUAAACAGAGGACAUGAGGAAGAUGGGUUGAAGAAAGAUGAGAAUGAGAAUGACUUGAAAACACAGAUUUUUCCAACAUUAACACGAGUGCCUAAGCAGAAAAUGAGGCCAAAGCUUUCUCCUUCCACCAACACCAACCGCUCCACACCAGACCUCUUCUUCUUCCAACCAAUCAGAGAUCAGGCCAAGCUCAUGGGCCCACCAUCAUCCAACAGAGUUGCAUUGUCUGGUAUGAAGCUCCUGAAUGUUCCAUCGUUUCCUCAAGCACCACGCUGGUCAUCUGAGGAGCACAAACCUUUGCAGCGCAGCAUCAGCAUGGGCUCAGACGUCUACUGUUUGUCCAGCAGGGCUGAGGAAUGACAGUGCGACCUUUCACUUCAGGUCUUUCACAAGAUUGCUACAGGUCAAUGGUUCAUUUCAUCCAGA